AUGCUGGGGAAAGGAUACUUUGGCAAGUUCGAUGAGGAGGCAGUCAAGAAUAAUUUUGUGCUGAUUUAUGAACUACUUGAUGAGAUCCUCGACUUUGGAUACCCGCAAAACACCGAGACGGAUACGUUGAAGAUGUAUAUUACCACAGAAGGAGUGAAGUCCUCUAUCGUUAACUCGGCCACUGAUUCGAGCCGUAUCACCAUGCAAGCGACUGGCGCAUUAUCGUGGCGACGAUCUGAUAUCAAAUACCGAAAGAACGAAGCGUUUGUCGAUGUGAUUGAGGAUGUUAACCUUUUAAUGUCUGCCACCGGAACCGUGCUACGAGCAGACGUGAAUGGACAUAUAGUAAUGCGAACAUAUCUCAGCGGAACUCCAGAAUGCAAGUUUGGACUCAAUGAUCGGCUCUUGCUAGACAAUGACGAUGCCAAUGCGCUCCCUGGGAAGCCAAGGACAACCAGGGCUGCGGCGGGCAGCGUUACACUUGAAGACUGCCAGUUCCAUCAAUGCGUUAAGUUAGGCCAGUUCGAUGCUGACCGAAUCAUCUCUUUUGUCCCGCCUGACGGCGAGUUUGAACUGAUGAGAUACCGCGCAACCGAAAACGUGAACUUGCCUUUCAAGGUUCACCCUAUUGUCCGUGAAAUAGGUACCACCAAAGUCGAGUACAGCAUUGCUAUAAAAGCAAACUACGGUCCAAAGUUAUUUGCUACCAACGUGAUUGUCCGCAUACCCACUCCAUUAAAUACAGCUAAGAUCACGGAGCGAACAACCCAGGGAAGAGCGAAGUAUGAGCCAGAACAAAACAAUAUAGUCUGGAAGAUAGCGAGGUUUUCUGGCCAGAGCGAAUUUGUCCUUACAGCAGAAGCUACCUUGACCUCCAUGACACAGCAAAAGACCUGGAGCCGGCCACCUCUCAGCCUUGCCUUCAGCUUGCUUAUGUUCACGAGUAGCGGAUUGUUAGUGCGCUAUCUGAAGGUAUUUGAGAAGGGCAACUACAGCAGUGUGAAAUGGGUGAGAUAUAUGACUCGAGCUGGAAGCUAUGAAAUAAGGUGA